GCCUUUGAGUGUGUGAGUGUGUGUGUGUGUGAGUGUGUGAGUGUGUGUGCUCUCAGAGCGCAUGCGAUCGGAGGCCCUGCAGGGAAAGCCUCUCACAGAUCUAAGCCAGCUGCCCUCCUUUAUUAAACACAACAGAGCAGCAGAGCCGAGCAGAGCAGAGGGCCCGCUCCCAUUCCCUGUACGCGCGGAUCAGACCUCUCUCCCAGAACCUACUAGGACCAGGGCAAGAACCAGGGUCAGGACCGGUCCGGCUGCUACACCUCAGGACCAGCAGGAGCAGGAUCAGCAGACCGAAGGACAGAGCUUCACCUCCAGCCAGACAGAAGGUUCCGAGCCCCCGAUCUCCACGGAUGGGGGAGGGCCCUCCUUAAGGGGGUUGUUCAGCGGGAGGAACCCCCAGGGUGAGGGAGAGCCAGGUCCUGUUCCGAGGGGAGGGGAGGCUGAGGGGGGAGGGCAGAGUUAGUGGGAGGUGGGAGGCCAGCACGGGGCUCCUGCUCUGCCGGGAAGGGAGAAGGAGACGCAGCAGAAGAAGACGAGCGGAGGAGGAGGAAGAGGGAAGAGGAGGCGAUGGCCACGGGAGAUAUCACCACUCUUCCCGCCACACCUGACGACGGUAGCGGCGGCUUCCCGGCGGCCAACUUCAGAGACCCCAAGAGGCUGUACUGCAAGAACGGAGGCUUCUUCCUGCGGAUCGCCUCCGACGGCCGGGUGGACGGCGUCCGCGAGAAGACCAACCCCCACAUCCGGCUGCAGCUCCAGGCCACGUCGGUGGGGGAGGUGGUGAUUAAGGGGCUGGCUGCUAACCGCUACCUGGCCAUGAACCGCGACGGGAGGCUGUUCGGAGCGAGGCGAGCGACGGACGAAUGUUACUUCCUGGAGCGCCUGGAGAGCAACAACUACAACACCUACCGCUCCAAGAAGUACCCUGAGAUGUACGUGGCCCUACAGCGCUCCGGACAGUACAAGACCGGCACCAAGACCGGACCCGGCCAGAAGGCCAUCCUGUUCCUCCCCAUGGUGUCCAGGUCCUAGUCCAGACCUAGUCCAGUAAGGCCGGACCAGAACUCUGAUAUUCAUAGGCAACGGGGAGGAGGGAGAGGAACAAUAGAAUCAGGACGAGGUAGCUAGGAGCAGUUCAGAUGAAGGCCCGGUCUUCAGUCCAGCUCCACGUUUAAAGGGAUGGUCCGAGACUUAAAGGUCCGACUCAGUCCUUUACUGCAGGGGGCUUCAUUAGGUCGGGGCUGGAGAAGGAAAGCAGAUCAUUUCUGAAAAUUUGCACGGUUCUCCAGCAGCGAGCGAAGCUAUACUAGGUCUGAGAGGUUAGCGUUUAGAGACAUCUUUAAGAUAUAUUACUAUAUGACUUCAUUCAGGACUGUGGUUGAAGGAAGGAUUCAAGGCUUUGAUUUGUAACAACAGUCUGUUUUUAUUGUUAAAAACGGUCAAACAGAAAUCAAGGAAAUGAAGGCAGUGGUGACAGAAACGAUAACCAUCGCUGUUCUUAAUUAAUAAUAAUAUCACACCUCUACUUUAUCCAGUAAGAUGUGUUACAAUGCUAGAACCUCCCCUCCAGUACAGCCUACUCUUUCCUUGUGUCAUCCUUACACUUCUUGUUAUCAUGAUAAUCUUUCCCUUACUGUUUCUUUUCCAUAAAUAAUUCCGUUGCUACAUUUUCAGAAUAAAUUAAAAUACUAAA